AUGCUUGUGUUUGUCUUUGUUCUCAUUCCCCUUGCAACAUCGCACACGCUAACUAUAGUGUUAGUGACAGCUCCCAAGGAAGGGGUGAUGUCAAAAGCGCUUUUACGUACAAUGAAGGACUUGUUUGCAGCUUUCAAAAACAUGCCUCCUGAUUUGGAGAUAAGCAACUUUUACUUUGUAAAGGGGUGUUUGGAAGAUUGCGAUUACCCUGAUUUAGAAAAAGUCACACAGAUUAUGAAGGUCGAAUUUCCAAACAUACCUGUUAUAACCUAUUGGCCUCAUUUCCCAUUAAAGGAGGGAGCAAUUCCAUGUGAAUGGGGAAACGAAUAUUAUUCCACACAUUACAGUCGAAUAGGUGCGCCAGUUUGGAGUGAGCAGAUAUUUAGGAAAUACAUGACAGUCAAUUACUUGUUCAGAUCUGCACUACACCACUCCAUAAAAACACAUCCCGCAGAUUAUUAUUUGAUGGCAGAGGAUGAUCAAACGUAUGAAAGUUACACAUUCUCAGCAAUCAAAGAGUUGAUGGAAAGAAACAAGAACGAGAACAAAAGGUGCUUCUCUAAAAUUUCGACUAUCGAGAAUGAUUAUGGAAAGUUAUACACAGAUGAUAUAUCAUAUGUGAAUAAAUACAUUUGGGGAGCGUUUGGUGUUCUUCGGUCGAAAAGUGAGACAGAGCUGUUUUUGCGUGGUCUCAAAUAUUCAAAUUACCACGACUCAGAAGAUUGUACUGCCCAUGUCAUUUGUAGGUACGUCAAUAGAACAAACGUUGAAUUGAACGUCGUUUCGCAGCACUUCGGAAGGAACGGGAAAAUACCUAAAUAA